AUGUCUUCCGCAGGAACUCCAACCGGCGGAGGUGGCGCCGCCGCCACAGCUCGCCCUCCUCCCGCCUCCGUACCAAAGGCUUUCUUCUGCUACCAAUGCAAUCGCACGGUCACCAUAUCCGUCUCCCCGACCUCCGAUCCCCUAUGCCCUUCCUGCAACGAAGGUUUCUUAGAGGAGGCUGAAAACCCUAACCCCGGUCCAAAUCUCUCCUCCGCCGCAGCAGCCGACCCCUUCGGCGAUGCCUUCUUCCCUCCCAUGAGCCCCUUCUCCCUCCUCCCUCUACUCUUCUCCUCCUCCUCCGCCCACGGUGGCUCCGCGACCUUCGAAUUCCAAAACCCUAACAUCUUCGGCGCCCAGCGAUCGCCCUCCGAUCAGGCCGAAUUCAACCCCCACGAUUUCCUCCGCAACUACCUCAACAACCUCCACAACGACGGCGCCAGAAUUCAGUUCUUCAUGGACAACAAUCCUCCCGCUGGCAACCUCGGCGAUUACUUCAUCGGCCCGGGACUCGAGCAAUUGAUCCAGCAGCUGGCAGAGAACGACCCCAACCGCUACGGAACUCCUCCUGCUGCGAAAUCAGCAAUCGACGCCCUCCCUACCGUCAAGAUCACCGGCGAGGCCCAGAGUUCUGAGAUGAAUCAAUGUGCUGUAUGCAAGGAUGAGUUCGAGACGGGUGAUGAGGCGAAACAGAUGCCUUGUAAGCAUGUCUAUCAUCCUGAUUGCAUUGUCCCCUGGCUUGAAUUGCACAAUUCAUGCCCAGUUUGCCGCUACGAGUUGCCCACGGAUGAUUCCGAGUACGAGACCAGGAGGCGCAACGGUGACCAAGGGGGCAACACCCAGAGCCCCGAUGCUGGAGGUCGGACGGAGAGAAGGUUUAGCAUUCAGUUGCCGUGGCCGUUCGGCAGACAAGGUGGUUCCAGCAGCGAUGGGGGAGCUGGUGGCGGCCAAAGUAGUGCCUGA